AUGGCUCUUGCUUGUAUUGUUGGAAGUGGAUUGGCUUGGUAUUUAUUGAAAGAUAGUAUUCAUCCAAAUAUCAACAGCACAAUUACUGCUCAGGAAGGUUUUGAUCAUCAGCAUGUCAUGGGAGAUGAGCAACAACAACACUCAAUGAAUAUUCCAUCCCAAUCAACCCUAAGCCAAGAACAAAAGAAACAACUUGAUUUAAUAUUUCAGUCAUUUAAAGAAACAGUUUCUAGUCCUGGUAUGCAAGUUGCAAUUUCUCAAAAUGGAUCACUGAUUUAUCAACAAUGUUUUGGCUUUUCCAACGUUGAACAACGAGUUCUUGUCAAUGAUACCACCAAAUUUCGAAUUGCAAGUAUUUCUAAACCCAUAUCCACGGUGGCACUUGCUUUAAUGAUUGAGAAGGGGCUUGUGGAUUUAGAUCGGCCCAUCUUUGAAUAUCUAUCAGAAGAAUCAAAAAAGAAAAUUCCUUCAGAACUCGUGUACAAGGAAGAGAAAUUUAAUACCAUCACUCUACGACAAUUGGCCUCACAUAUGAGUGGUGUAAGAGAUUACAAAGACGUCGAGAAGGAAUUCAUGAGCUGGAGCAAAAACUAUCCUUCUAUAAUUGAUGCAUGUGAAAUGUUCAUUCGAGACGAGCUUGUGGCCAAACCAGGCGACAAGUAUUCUUAUUCCACAUACGGCUAUACGCUUAUGAGUGCUGUAAUGGAAGAGGUGUUGAAAGCUCAAUCAGAGAAUCCUUUAUUGCCGCUUGAAACAAAAAUUUUCCUUCAAAAUGCGAAAGAUUUUAAAUCAUUUUGUAAGAAGCAUAUUUUCGAUGCACUCGAGAUGAAUAAUACCACAUUCGAUGAAAAGAAUAAGAUCAUUUACAAUCGAAGUUCAUUCUACAUGAGAGAUACUGGAGAUAAUGCUUAUGAAUUGUUAAAUGUACCAAGUGUAGACAAUAGCUACAAAUGGGCUGGAGGUGGCAUGUUAUCCACAUGUCAGGAUCUUAUCAAAUUUGCGAAUGGUUUACAAAAAUUACUUCCUGGACCACUCAUUGAUCAAACCUUGUGGAUUUCUCAAAAAACCAAUGAAGGACUACCUACUCAGUAUGGAAUUGGAUUUGUUGUGAAAUCCAUUCAGUUGAAUGGUAAAGAAGAAAAACUCGUGUAUCAUACGGGAGGAGCCUGCGGUUGUUGUUCCAUACUGUACAUGGUUCCUUCUCGAGGUAUCUCUAUAGCCAUGAUUGUGAAUAUUCUUCAUGCAAAGAGAAUGGUUGAAUUGUGUGAAGAGGUCACUCGACAACUGGUUCUAAAGAAGGAGUAA